UAUAUGCGAGGAAGAUGACUCAACUAGAGAAUUUUUAGGCUAUGUAAAAAACUCGAGAAAAUUUUUCCAAGUAGUGUAACAACAUGCACGGCGACAAAGUUUCAACGUUGGUAACAUAAAAGGGCGACAAAAAAAUUUUUUCUUCUUCACCAGUUUGUGGUCGUUCAUUUGCUUUACGUCACGCACAACGCAAGUGGCGGCGCACUGUAUGCACUUUCAUGAAGAGUUGAAGAGGCAAUAAAGUGAGUAGGAUAGAAAAGAGAGAGAGAGAGAAAGAUCGCCUAGUUAGACGCAGAGCAGUUUUUACGAGUCAAGUGUAGUCGAGACGAAAAGUUAUAAAGUGAGCAAGUAAAAGUUGGACUUGGCUUCCACGACGGAUAGCGUCACCGAGAAUUGAGGUUAUAAGAGUCAAAGCCUAGUUAUCCAACGAGUGAAAGGUUUCAGGAAUCUGUACAAUAAUAUGUGAUCGAGGAUCCUCAUCUUCGUCGGCCUUUCGCAAUAUGGGUGACCGAGUGUAGCCAGCGAACUAUGCGCUUGGUCUUCGGUAGACUGAACGUAUUAUCAUCAUCGUCAUACCGUUGGUGACAUCGUGGGUGACAUUUAGCAGCAAAGAUGUUAAACAUGAAAGGUUCAGAUCCUUUUGUCAUCUGCCUCGAGGAGAUUGUCAGCCAUGCUGACCCAGAGGCUGUCAAAUUGGCAUGGAACGAAUUGGAAGAAAUGGAGAGUCAGAAAGACAGUGCCAAGGAUUUCAUCCAUGGAUGUGAUAGGAACUACGAUGAGAUUUUAAGGAAAUUACUUACAGACACUCCUAUCAGGAAUAUCGCUGAAAUGCCUAGGCUGCUCGCAUGGUUCUCCAAGUUUCCACUUAGUUCCAAGCCUAUAUCUGAUGAUAUUGCUGUAUUUCUUCUUCGUUACGAACAAUUAUUUAAGGAGAAACCUUGCUUAGCUGAUAUUUUGGAGGUUAUAAGUGAUAAUCAUCAAAAAUAUUUGAACUUGUCCAACAAAAAUCUAGCCAUUGCUAUAAUUGAAGUAUUGGCAUGGAUGCAUCCACCAAAAGAGCCAGAAAGCCUCAGAAAGUACUACAACGAUCUCGUAAAGAUCAAAAUGUUUAUUAAGAACCUGAUUUACAUAAAAAAUGAAAAUGUAGAAAUCAACUUUGAAUGUUUGAAAAAGAUGUGCGAAAUUUUCCUGAAGAGGAUUGAUAAUGAAAAUCCAAGUUCAGCUUUGAUUAUUGCGAUUCAAAUUGUAUCUCAACAGCUUUGGAGUGAAUACAUGAUUGUAGCAGUAAAAACUAUUCUUGGAGAUUUUGGAGAUGAAAAAAGACUCAUCAAUAUGUUGACAUGUAUGUGUCGCUGGCUACUUCAACCCGAGUUACCUUUAGAAGACAUGGAAUAUCUCAGUUUUUGGCUUACCUUGUUCCUCAACAGUCUGCAGAAUUUUAACAAGAAUAAAAUAGUUAUGAAUGUAGCAGAUACAGUUUUACCCUCAAUGUUCUUAGACUGUUUGAAAUCUGAAAAAUUCUAUGAAAUCAGUAUACAUAAAAAUGUUAUCGUGUUUUUACUAAAAAAUAUAUCUUCAUUGCAAGUCUACCACAGCAUGAUGUAUAAAAUAAACAAUUAUCUUCAAAAUAAGACAAGAUUUGAUGUAAAUGAGAAAAAACAGAGCGUCAUUGUAGCUAUUGGAAAAUCUGCAAACGUGCUCAAAAAGAGGUUUCAGGAGCAUCUGAAUAGUUCACCUUGUACAACUUGUGAAACUGUAGACAUGUGGAUUGUAAAAUACUCUAGCAUCGAAAAUGAUAAAAGGUAUGUUACACAUGUCAGUGCUUCUAUUCCUGAAGAAACAGAAGAAAUGGAUAUUUCUUACCCAAGCACAAGCACAGGAAUUGGUAGAAGGUUUACUGGUAAAGUUGGUCUUGUCAAUCUUGGUAACACUUGUUAUAUGAAUAGUGUUUUACAAGCUCUUACAAUGACUCCACAAUUUUGUCAUGAAGUUCUGCUUUACAAGACCACAAAUGACUUGAGCAAUCAAACUGUAUUGAAGAAUCUUCAAGAAUUGUUUGCUCUUCUGAAAUAUUCCAAUAGGUGUUCUCUCGCUCCAACCGAAAUUUUACACGCGUCCAGACCGGCUUACUUCAUGCUUGGACAUCAGCAAGAUAGUUCGGAAUUUUUAUGUCACUUGCUGGAUGUUAUGUAUGAGCAAGAAAAAUCCGCACUCACACAGAACAUUAACAGUGAACAAAGCAUAAAUACGAAAGCAAAGAUCGAGGAUGUCGAGAUGACGGAGGUCGAAGAAGCCGUAGGUGAAUCAAAUUCUCCCAUUAACGAUGACGAGAUGCAUGGGAAAAUGGUUCGAUGGACUACAGAAGAAAAUUUAAGUGAAGGUGCUGGUUUGGAAAGGAAAACACAAUCCUUAGCCGAUUUUACUCAAGGUGAAGAGUUGGCACAGACACAGAAUGGCUUGUCAGACUCGCACUCUGACUCGACAGAUAGCGGUAUUCAAUCAGUUGGUGGUGAAGAUUCAUCUUCGUCAUCAGCUUCGCCAACUUGUUUGUCGUCUUACCUAGUGCACCGAGUUUUUGGUGGUGAGCUGAAAGUGACAUAUCUGUGCGACGAAUGUAACACUGAAAGCCACAACACUGACAAGUUCAGGGAUCUGCAAUUAUGCUUCUUUGAAGAUCUCAGAUUCAGCGAACCGACCAGCGUGCAAGAACUACUAAAGUGCAAUUACUUUAUGCCCGAGAAACUCACCGGAGAUAAUAAAUACCGAUGCGACAAAUGUGCCGGUCUUCGCGAUGCUCAGAGGAUUAUAAAGAUUCUUCAAGCUCCUGAACAUCUUAUUUUGACGCUCAAGCAUUUUAGGUACGACUCUGACAGUGGAUUACGAACAAAACUACGCUGCAAGGUAAUUUACGACGAAGAGAUAAAACUUCCAGUGUUAGAUCGCGACAACGAGACAUAUCAGCUAUACGCAGCUGUGGUACAUUCAGGUUAUAGCAUGGACUACGGCCACUACGUGACCUAUGCGUGCGACUCAAAGAAACGUUGGUACAAGUUCAGUGACAGUUUAGUCGUCGAGACAACGAUCGAGGAUUUCAAGCGUCUCGAGCCACCCGACACACCGUACAUUCUCUUUUACAAACGUUGUACUGACACGCCUAUCGAAGAUGCACCUGAAAUCACGACACUGAGUAAGCGUCUUCAAGAGCAUGUAGAACAAGAUAAACAACGUGUCGGUGAUGACCGGCGUAACAAGUUAAAGAUAGCUAAGCAAAGUAAUGUUACGUUCAGUAGUCAUUGGGAUAGCAAAAAGAACGAUGACGAAGACGAUGAGAAUGGAGCUCCACCCAGUAGCUGCAGGGAUGCGAUGAAUGUCACUGGGCCAAAGUGCCUGUAUUGAGGGCUGAUGAGCUACGAAUUGACGAGCUCUCAAAAUUUGUUUACUUUGAAGAAAAGAACAACUCCUGUAGUUGCCUCUUCUGCAUCCUCGUUAUUUUGGAUAUAUCUGUCACUGCCGAAUUUUUUAUGAAAAAUAACAAGUAAUAUUCACUUCCCAACUUUUACUCAAUUCUUUCCCUUCUUUCUUUGCGCAAAUAAAUUAAUAUUCGAAGUCUCGUCAAUUCGUGGUUUUUUUCAAUUUCACUGCAUUUGCCCUGCGUGUUACGAUUUCGAUUCACAAGGAACUAUCGAUGUUUCUCUUUGCUACUAUUGUUGAUUUCUUUUAUGAAAUACUAUAAAAAGAUCGAGAAAUUUCAUGUAAUUAUGAAAACUCAUGAUUCGUCUUUUUGUAACUGUAGUAAUGACGUUUCGUUUAUGGGUAAACUAUCCAAUGUGAAAAUUAUCGAAAGAUUUUUAAUUCUUUUCGAUUACAAUACAAAAAAAAACAAAAUAUAUAUUAAAAAAAGAUACAAAUUCAAUUUCAUUUAAAUCACGUACUAAACUGUUAUUUCGACAAAGAAAUAUAAUGUGAAGAAAACGUGGACGUUACUGGUUGAAAAAAAAGUUGUUAAAGACUGUUCAUAAGUUUUAUAUAUGUAAUUUCCAGAAUUUGUAGACGACAUAUAAUUGACUGCAUCUUCAGCUUGUACUGUAAUCUAACACGAGUAUAUAACAUGAAGAGGUGAUCGCAGUUUGGCACACGAUUUAAAUACGCAGCGCAUAUUGACGCGUUUUAUUAAUAAUAUUAGAAAAAGAGUGAGGAAAAAUAAUGUACAUUUUUUAGGUUAAUGUUUGAUUAGGCUUUAUAAAUUAUUUAAAAUAUAGAAUGGAAAUUGGCGCACUGGAAAUUAAUCUGUUAGUGGGAUAGCAAAAAAAUGUAAAAAUGUGUUUAUAUAACAAGCAUCGUUUGCGUUUUCAUUCUUUAUACCUAGUACUUAAUUAGAAUAAUUAUAUACUCGAAAUAUUUUAUCUAUAAAAUAAUAUAUGCAAAAAUGCUAUUUCUAACAUUGUAAAAUUUUAACAAUAAAUUGCUCUAGAACACACUUGUUUUUCGUUUCUAUAAUUAUUGAUGAAUUAUGUGAGCGUAUAAUAAAUAUUAUUCGUUGAUGUAUUGAGAACUUUUUCAUAGACUAAUUAUAAAUUUUUAAAUAACUGCACUAACUAUUACUUUCUAAUUUUUCUUUUUAGCCUUGCAAUAUUCUUAGUUUAUAAUAGUUUCAAAUUAAAUUUAUGUGAUCUACGAAAUCGUAUAUAAUGUGUAACAUCAAUGCAACUGUUAAUUUUUAGUUAAUACUAAUCAUACCAUAAUAUUUAAUUCAAUAUUUCUACAAUAGUAUACACCUUCACUUACACGUCAAGGUAAUAUAUGUGCAUUUGAAAUGUCAUCUUAAUUUGCAAUACUCAGAAAAUAACCACAAGAAAAAAGUAGUCGAACAAAACGUCUGUCUCGAAGAUUUAUUCCUGCUAACUUCCUUCGCAAAAUGCUGUAAAUAAUUGUAUUAAAAAGAAAAAAAAUGAUAGCGUCGUUCGAAUUACGAACGAGACACGUGAAUUGAAACGCAUUGAAGGUUUGUGAUAAUAACUUAUAUAAUAACAUUCGAUAAAUUUAAUUUUUAACAUUUACAGUUUCAGUGACGUCACCCUUAUACAAGACAUAAUAGACCUACUUUUUUAAGUUAUAAAUUCGUAUCUGUAAGAAUACUCAAUAAUUGUUUGAAACGAUGGAGCCUCUUUCUAAUAUUCAAACUAUUUCCUUUUUUCAUCAUAUGUAUCUGUGCAAAUUCAUUAACAGUAUUAAUAUUACGCAACUAAUGACCAGUAUUUGAAUUUCAAUAGAUUUAUUUUUCGUAUAUGAUGGUUAUCAACCAGUUGUCGAACACUAUAACGUUCAAAUAGGGUCUAGCGUAGAAAAAUUAAAAACUAAUUAUUUUAAUUAAGAUUAGUGGAAUUAAAAUUCGAUUGAUAAAUAAUUUUAUAAAAUGUGUAAAUCAAUUUAAUGUAAUUAUUUCAAAUUCGAUUGUCAAUUAACUUAUUCUGUGUAGAACACGUAAUUUUCAACGACUGUUCAAGACUAGAAUUUCAAAUUUUAAAUUGUCAAAAUUGAAGUAAUUUGAAGCAACACGAUCUUUAAAAAUAAUUUCUUACACGUU